AUGAAGCUGUUGGCUUUGUUCGCUUUGUUUUGCAUAGAAUACUCAGCGGCAGGCCACUGCAGGGCUUUCGCACGUGGAGACGGGAAACUCAAAGAUCUCCCUGAAGGGGUACUGUAUUAUCUCCACUACGAAUUCACACAACACCAUGCGACGGACGACUCCACUGUCACUUAUUACUAUGGAUAUCCACACGGCGACGAAUGGACUGAGUUCAUAGCUGUUUGUUACUCACCGUCGAAAGGGACUCCUCGUACCUUCUGCCGUAACGUAACGGCCAGUCCCGAAGAUGGGAAGAUAUCGAAAUUCGAAUAUGGCAAAAUUUCUCUAAGGCAUCAGUUCGAUGAUUAUUGGAAUCGCUGCAAAAAAGAUGAUUUGGAGUCUUCGCCGUGA